AUGAUUGGUGCGCUUGGAGGAAGCUAUGGUUCUUCGGUUGAUUUGAGUGCGAUGCUUGCUUCAGUUGUAAAUAACAUAAUUUGUAAGGUGGCCUUCGGGAAGACGUAUCACAGAUUAGGCUUUAGAGAGUUGUUAAAGAGGUUUGUUGAUAUUCUGGGUGUUUUCUGUGUCGGCAGUUAUAUUCCAUGGUUGUCGUGGAUAGAUCGUUUAAAGGGAAGAGCACAUAAAGUUGUUAAAGAGUUCGAUGAUUUUCUUGAAGGCGUCCUUGAAGAACAUCUAAAUCAGAAAAGAGGAGAGGCUUUUGACGAUGAGGAAAGCCAAAACUUUGUUGAUAUCCUAAGGGAUAUUCAAAUAAAUAACACAUCCGGCUUCAUCCUUGACACAGAUACCCUUAAAGCUAUCAUCUUAGAUGUAUUGGUUGCUGGAAUUGAUACCAUAUACACAAGCUUAGAUUGGGUGAUCAGUGAGCUGAUAAGACACCCAAAAGUAAUGAAGAAGUUGCAGCAAGAAGCAACAGAAAUAGCACAAGGAAGAUCCAUGAUUCAUGAGGAGGAUUUGGAGAAAAUGAAAUACCUUAAAGCUGUCAUAAAAGAGUCCUUGAGAUUGCAUACUCCACUCCCACUUCUUGUUUCUCAUGAAUCAACACAAGAAGUCAAUCUCAUGGGGUACGACAUUCCAGCACGAACACAAGUGCUUAUCAAUGCUUGGGCAAUUGCCAGAGAUCCUGUGUUGUGGGAAGAAGCAGAGGAGUUUAGGCCGGAGAGGUUCUUGAACAAUAAUAUCGAGUAUAAAGGGCUUCAUUUUGAAUGGCUUCCAUUUGGAGGUGGACGUAGAGGAUGCCCUGGUGUUCAGUUUGUUGUACCUAUCAUUGAGCUUGCAUUAGCAAAUGUUGUAUACAAGUUCGAUUUGGCAUUACCAAAUGGAGUUCAAGAGAAGGAUUUGGACAUGACUGAGUCAAAUGGGAUUACAGUUCAAAGGAAGUCCCCUUUAUUGGUUAUCGCAAGUCCACGGUUCUAG